AAACGAAAACAGCCAAUGCCAUAUACUGGUUUCGUAUCACAUGUUCGGCACAGCUAUAAAAAGGCCGUUGGUCACGUGGAGUGUGCCUAGCGGAGCGUAAUUCUCUCAACAAACCAUUGCGAACAGCGAUAACGUAGCCGCACAUCCCACCUCCUACGACGAAAACUCACACAUUCUCUAGACGUUUCUGUUUCGAAAAGGCUGUGCUAAUAAAAUGAAGCGUAAGGGUUGCGUCAAGCAUCGGGAUCACGUGGCUGAGCGACUUAUGCGAUGUAGAGCGACAAAAAGGUUAUCAGCGGUUUCUGGCUGUAGCUCGGUAGUACGCAGUGAUUCUAUGGAGGAUGGCGGCUCGUCAACGACUACUCUUCUUGUAUCGUUGUGCGAGCGUGAACGCUGCUUCUACACUGCCGGCCGUCUACCUGCCAGAUUGCCUCAGGGUGAAGGUGUGAUCGGUUGGUCAUGCCGUGAUCGUGAAGCGGCAUGGAUCUGUUCGGCGGCUCGACGACUUGGUCUAGAUGUCGAUUCAUUCACUCUUGCCGUUGCAUUACUCGAUCGAGUUAUUUGUGGAACAAGAGUUCCCACGAAAUACGUGAACUGUGUAGCAGCAGCAUGUCUAUCAUUGGCGAAAAAAUUGUGUGAAGAUCAUGAAGAAGAUGCUUCGUUAUACCUACAAAGACUUCGACUUUCUUAUAGUGCAAGAGAGCUGAAACGUAUGGAGCUACGUAUAUUAGAAUUGCUUGGUUGGGAUGCGCAUUUACCAUCGUUCGAUCGUUUUCUUGUCGCUCUGCUGAAAUCGAUGGGAGGUGAAUGGUUGAUGUCACCGUUGAGAGUGCACAUUGAAGCAAUAGUGUGCGACUCAUCGGUGAUGUCCCAGUUCCCACCAUCGACAUUAGCUUUGUCUGUUGUAAGUUUGCUUAUAGAAGCCACAAGCAAACAAUGGAUGCCAGCUAUUCAGACGCAGAUCAAGCUCUGUAAGACCGAUCCAUGUGAACUGCUACGUUGUCGUGAACGAUUGUCGAACGUUUGGUCACGUACCCUAUAUCCACAGCGUCCUGCCGCGGUCCUUCGCUUGUCGUUACCGCAAGUCCCGGCGGUAAUACUACUACAACAACAACGUCUACUACCGAGCCCGAGUUUACCUCACCCCGGGCACCGCAACCCACUCCGUGCUGAAAUGUUCCCAUCAAUCUUCGUUGUUGGAGUGCGUAGUUUCUGUUAUGCCGUCCGUGAGAGGCACACUGACGUUCAAUCGAACGCGUCGUCAACUGUGCGGAUUCUGUAGUAUUACUACUUCCUGUUCACUCUGUACUGUCAUGCUAACCUAACUCACCGCCUCACACCCCCCCCCCCUCUUCUACCUUUACUCCGUCACAGUAUAAUCCCGCCAUCCUGGCUUUGUGAAUAUCAUGAGCGGCAGGUCCGUGAUUGCACACAGUUACACUACGCCCACAUCUUGGCAUAUGAGUCUUUUUUUAGUGGGAAGAGCAACUGAAAAUCACCUGCUUGUCUAAUAAUGCCUAGGUCUCUUCCCGGCUAGCUUGUUUUUUUUUUGUUGUAGAUAAGUGUUGUUUAGUAAUGCGCUGUAACACCCAAAGUGUCCGUAGAGCAGUUAAUUUGACCAUUCUUGCUGAUCUGGACUUGUCCCUAGUUUAUCUGUUGUAAACACGAUUGAUCAUUAGCUAAACACCUGUUGAUAAUAUUUCUUCUUCUUUGAAUUUCACUGUUCUCACGCGGUGUUACGGUAAUUGAAAAUGUGUGUACUCUUUUUAUCAACUCAUGUCGUACUCAUGAUUUUUUUACCUCCAUGUGUUUGUUGUUUUGCUUUCAUCUUCUUCUGUAAAAUAGUCUAUCUAGAUGUUUUGUUGUAUACUCUAUCGUGCAUCUAUAUACCUAAAAGGUUAUUUCGUUUCUUCUUUUCCUUUCUUCUUAUCUAAUGCACUUUUGGCGUACAAUAACAAAUGCCUCUCAUGGACGUGUUUCCUGUGA